AUGGCUUGGACAUUCUAUUACUAUACCCCAUCCAGCCCAGCUGCAGGUAUCUUCGUUGGGCUGCUUGGUGUGAGCACCGUCCUACAUUUCUACCAAUUGGUGCGAACGCGAUCAUGGUUCAUGAUUCCAUUCCUGAUCGGCGGUAUCUUCGAAACGAUCGGUUAUGUCGGCCGUCUGCUAUCGUCAAUCGAGGCUCCGGACUACACGAAGGGACCGUAUAUCAUGCAAAGCGCUCUCAUCUUGAUUGCACCGGCAUUCCUGGCAGCAAGCGUCUACAUGACGCUCGGAAGAAUCAUAUUCAUGCUCGAUGGAGAGAAGUGCUCGUUGAUCAGACUGAAAUGGCUGACCAAGAUAUUUGUGGCGGGUGAUGUCUUGUCUUUCUUGAUGCAAGCUUCUGGCGCUGGCAUUAUGGUAAAAGACACAACAAAUCCAUCCACUGGUGAGCACAUCAUUAUCGGAGGACUUUUCGUGCAGAUCAUCUUUUUCGGGUUCUUCAUGAUCAGUGCCCUUGUGUUCCAGUCACGCAUCAUGAGCAACCCCACCGGGAGAUCUAUGGAACUGUCAAUUCUGUGGCGUCGGCACUUGACUGCCUUGUACAUCACCAGUGUUCUAAUUCUGGUGCGAUCGAUUGUUCGUGUUGUGGAGUACCUCCAGGGCUAUGAUGGGUAUCUAAUGAAAGAAGAAGUGUUCAUCUAUGUCUUCGAUGGGUUGUUGAUGCUGGUAGCAAUGCUGGCUCUUCAAUAUGUCCAUCCCAGUGAGAUCAAUUGUCUUAUUGGCCGGGGGGAUCGGUACUCAGAGAAAGUUUUCAAGACGCGCAAGUUCGUGCCGGAAUCGGCAUUGGAGAUGAGUGGAGCCAUGGAGGCGUAG